GGCGCUGACGCCAGGCAGGAAGAAGGCGGUAGCACAUGUUGGGCUCGGGGGCGAAGGCUUGUGCGCGGAGAAGGCGACGCUCUAGCCCAGAGCCGGGUAUUCGGUGGCUUCGCCGGGUCUUCCCAGGGGACUGGGUUAAGGCCGAGAACCUCUGGCCUCAGGAAGCGCAUGCGCAACCCGUCCCCCCCAACAUGGAGUCUUGUAGCCCAGGUCUUACCUGAAUCAGGAUGCGGGAGUGGUGGGUCCAGGUGGGGCUGUUGGCUGUGCCCCUGCUUGCGGCGUACCUGCAUAUCCCACCCCCGCAGCUUUCCCCUGCCCUUCACUCAUGGAAGUCUUCAGGCAAAUUUUUCACUUACAAGGGACUGCGGAUCUUCUACCAAGACUCUGUAGGUGUGGUUGGAAGCCCGGAGAUAGUUGUGCUUUUACACGGCUUUCCAACAUCCAGCUAUGACUGGUACAAGAUUUGGGAAGGUCUGACCUUGAGGUUUCAUCGAGUGAUUGCCCUUGAUUUCUUAGGCUUUGGCUUCAGUGACAAACCGAGACCACAUCACUAUUCCAUAUUUGAGCAAGCCAGCAUCGUGGAAUCCCUUCUGCGGCACUUGGGGCUCCAUAACCGCAGGAUCAAUCUUUUGUCUCAUGAUUAUGGAGAUAUUGUUGCUCAGGAGCUGAUCUAUAGGUACAAGCAGAAUCGAUCUGGUCGGCUUACCAUAAAGAGUCUCUGUCUGUCAAAUGGAGGUAUUUUUCCUGAGACUCACCGUCCUCUUCUUCUCCAAAAGCUACUCAAAGAUGGAGGUGUGCUGUCACCAAUCCUCACACGGCUGAUGAACUUCUUUGUAUUUUCUCGAGGACUCACCCCAGUCUUUGGGCCAUACACUCGGCCCUCUGAGAGCGAGCUGUGGGACAUGUGGGCAGGGAUCCGCAACAAUGAUGGGAACUUAGUCAUUGACAGUCUCUUACAGUACAUCAAUCAGAGGAAGAAGUUUAAAAGACGCUGGGUGGGAGCUCUUGCCUCUGUAUCUAUUCCCAUUCAUUUUAUCUAUGGGCCGUUGGAUCCUGUAAAUCCCUAUCCAGAGUUUUUGGAGUUAUACAGGAAAACGCUGCCGCGGUCCACAGUGUCGAUUCUGGAUGACCACAUUAGCCACUACCCACAGCUAGAGGAUCCCAUGGGCUUCUUGAAUGCAUAUAUGGGCUUCAUCAACUCCUUCUGAGCUGGAAAGAGUAGCUUCCCUGUAUUACCUCCCCAUUCCCUUUAUCUGUUGUGUUUCCACUUAGGAAGAAAUGCCCCAAAGAGGUCCUGGCUAUCAAACACUAUUUUCUCAAAGAAGUCCACUUUGCUCACGUUAGUGAACAGUAUAUAGGAAAAAGCCAGCAGGAGCUCCGACUAAGGGUUAACAUAAUAGUCCACCUCGCAUUCCUCUGACAUCGAUCAAAAGUGGAUGGACUUAACAUUGUCUUUGUGUUAUUAGGAAAUUCUACUACUCACUGAUGGAAAAGGACAGAAAUUCCUUUGCAUAAAAGACUUUUUAACACUUCUUUGGACUUUUCCAAAACAUUUAGAAAUGCUAAUUUCUGGCCUGGCCCCAACUGGAAUCCUAAAGUAAAAAAUGAGAAGGGGCUGCCUUACCUCUCCUUGAAUGGCUUUAAGGGCACAAGCUCUUUCAAAGUUCUCUAAGCAACACAGCUUCAAGUGAGAGUGAGGCUCCCUUGUCAUAACUUUGGAUUUAGUUUCAUCAGCUGCUUCUAAUUAUAGACAUUUGUUAAAAUAGAUACUAGUUUAAAUAUUGCAGUAUUCUAACACUGAUUUACCUACAUUAUAUGUAUUUUAUAAGGAUACUAAACCAGCAGACCCUUAUUCUGCCAAAGUAGUGAACCUUAUUAAACCUGAAUUGAACUAAAUCCAAACUAUUUACCGAAUUUCCUAAAAUCACAGGACAUUAAGGACUAAUAGCAUCUGUGCCAGAGAUUGACUGUCGUUAGUUGGAAAGACCAAUUCUGAAAGCAAACAACAGUCUGACUCCUCAUACCUCAGUGCUUAGAAACGUCUCUCUUGAGCUAACGUGGAGGGGAGGGGAUCAUUGUGUAGUCCAAGUUAGCAUGCUGAAUGUACAUUGAUUUCUUUCAUAAUGAUUGCUUAACUCCCCACUGGCUGUCCCAGAGAGGCCUUCUCAUGUAGCUCAGCAAUUCCUGUACUUUGCAGACAGGAACUUAUUGAAACUUUAAGAACAAAUUUUGAAAGAACUAUGAGCAAUGGUGCUGAACACUUUCUUUUAAGCUGCAUUUCAUUGUCUUAGUUAUAGCAGGAUUAAGUGAUUAUUUUAAAUUCGUUUUUUUAUUAGCAUCUUCAAGUAUAACAACUUUGAAACUGGAAUAAGUGUUUUAUUUUCUAUUAAUAAAAAGAACUGUGACAAAA